AGCUCAGAUCUCGUAGAAAAUCUUUAGCAAACUCAAUGCGAAGAAAAUCCUUAAAUGUUUCUGGAGGUAGUGUCGCUUCUGUUGGAGUUGGUAGUCAAAACGUGUCGACUCCAAGUCAAAGAACCUCAAUUAAACCUUUGGAAGUAGUCACCCCUGUUCAAAAGAUACCGGAUGAACAAAUGCAUAUUAAUUUUGAAGAAUGGAUGAAAAUGGCGACCGAUAAC